GGCAUUGAGCAACUGUGUGGGAACAGUCUGUGUCACUUAGGGAAAACCUUCUGGUUGCAGUUAGAAACCAUCUGACUCUGUGAGUUGGACCACACAAAACCACAGUCACUGAUCCUGGGAUACACAUUGGACAGUCACAGAGGGACAGUCUCAGAGCUUUAAAGGGGUCUCAUGCCUCAGUUCAGGGACAUUCAUAUAAUCUGUAUUUUGGGAAAAGGAGGAGUUCAAACUGAGCACAUUGUUGUAGAAUCCUCCAUCAGCAGGCAGGCAUGUGGGAGGGAUCAGCAGGCGGAAUGAGGCGGAACCCUGAACAGUGCCCCAGUUUCCCCAUCUGCAGCUCCCACACUCUCUGCCUUGUUGACCAGAAUCAACCUUCUGAACAGUCUCACAGGAUUUAAGGAGAAAGGAAUUUGGGUUUGUUAACAUGGCAUUUUUGAAGACUGUGCUUUAUUUGGGAGUCUGUCUAUCUGCAUGGAUUAUCACUACUGCAGAUAACAUCAUUGCGCCCAAAGCAGAGAAUGUACACUGGGUGUCUCUGGAUUUUAAAACCAUCCUUAUCUGGACUACCAAACCAUCCAACCACACAUACACUGUCCAGUACUCUGAGGAUGAUAGAGACUGGAAUGAGACUCCGGACUGCAUCAGAGUGUCAGAGUCAGAAUGUGAUCUGACCAACCACCUCGAGCCCCUCGACAGGACCUACGUUGCUGAUAUCCAGACUGAGCCUUCGGCAAUGGACUAUGAAAAUGAAUACCUCAUGGAAGAACUCCCUCAUACCUAUUCUCCACCCUUCAAUCCCUAUAGAGAGAGCAACAUCAGUGCUGUGAAAUUCACUGUGACGGCUGCAGGUGAGGGCAGAGUAACUGUAAAUAUCACGGAUCCCCUGACCAGUAUCCAUCAGCGAGGGAAGCAGCUCAGCAUCAGGGACGUUCUCAAAAAUGACCUCAAGUAUAAGAUCAGCUAUUACAAAUCCGAAAGUACAGGCAAGAGAGACGUCAUAUCUGACUCCAGUGUGGCGGAGGUAUCCAAGCUGGAUGCAGGGCAGAGUUAUUGCUUCAUGGUGGCAGCUUUCAUCCCCGCCAGGCCAAAAACCAGCCAGCAGGGAGCCUGGAGUGCACAGUUGUGUACAGAGGGCGAAGAGCAAAACAUCCUGCAAGAGCUGAGUCUUGGAGCGUGGGUUGGUGUAGUCUUCAUCUUGCUAACAGUCCUCAUCGCCAUCAUCACGGUGACGGUCCUCUGCUGCAGAUGCUGCCGACAAAGAAACAAAAACCUCCACGCAUCUCAGUCAUCAGUACCUAUUUAGUGUGUGUGUGUGUGUGUGUGUGGGUGCGUUCGUGUGUGUGUGUGUAGGAGUCAAACACAGGGAGCUGGCCUCCCCUCAGUUCUUUAUCUCUUCUCUGUUUCUAGGAUAACAUUACCUUACUAAGCUCUGUGUUUCCAGUUAGAGUCAUUAUUAUUAUUUUUUAUUUCAUAUCUUAAUUUCCAUUAACAGUAAACACGUGCAGCUUCUGACAUCUCAAUACUGAUGGACCUAAUGACCUGUUGCUCAUCAGUAUAUCAAGGAUUGUGCACAGCUUCAGUUAAGGGUGUUCAGUGAUGAUCAAAUGAGCAGUUGUCAAGUGAAAAGAAUACUUUCAAAAGCUAAUCAGGAAGAUUUGAAAUGUAAUUUUUAAUUUAAGUUACUUUAUUGAUCCCAAGCUGGGAAAUUACUUCUCUGCAUUUAACCCAUCACUGAUUGAAACACACACACAUGCAACAUGCAGUGAAACACACAGGAGCA